AUGGCGCUCGUCGCAAUGGCUAGCAGCAGCGGCAGUGGCAGCAGUAGAUCCACCAAUGGGAUGCUCGAGGAGACCGUCGCCGACGUCGCGGCGCUCGUCGAGAAGUGGCGCUCCGAUGAUGAUGGGCGGCGCCGGCGCCGGAGCUCUCUGUUCCUCGACGGCGGCUUUGCGGAUGCGGGGAGGUUUAUGUCCGCCGCCGUCGAGCUCCACCGCGGGAUGCUCGUGCUCGCGUCGUCGGAUGUCGAGGAUGCGCGGGGACGUGGGGACCGUGGGGACGAACGGCUUGUGCGCGCGCAGGGGGUUCUCGAGGACGCCAUGCGGAGGCUGCAGCUCGAGCUGGAGAUUUUGCUGUCGGCGGUGAGGUCGAACACCGCCGACGACGGCGACGGCGACGGCGCCGCCAUGUCCGGCCAUGGCUUGGAUGGUGACGGUGCUGUUGUGGUGGGGCAUAUACGGUUGGUCGCCGAGGCCAUGGUGGCGGCUGGGUAUGGCAUGGAGUGCGUCACCACGUUCAUGUCGCACCGCCGCGCGGAGUUCGCCGGCGCGGUGCGCCGCCUGCUCGGGUACGCGCCGUCGCAGCACGCGCGCUUCCGCAAGCUCGCGUGGGACGACGUCGACGGCAAGGUGCGGUCGUGGCACACCGCCGCCGGGUUCGCGUUCAACUUCGCCUUCUCCGGCGAGAGGGUGCUCUGCCACCGCGUGUUCGCCGCCGCCGACGCGGGCGUCGCCGACAGGGUGUUCGAGGGGAUCGCCAGCGACCACGCCGCGGACCUCCUCGCCGUCGCCGAGAUAUUCCCGGCGAUCGUGUGCGUCCUCGGCGACAAGUCGGAGGCCGCCGUCCGCGCCACCGCCGCUCUUCGCAACGCCGGCGAGGCGGCGCGUGGUAUUCUCGUCAGCUUCGAGGAAGCGAUCCAGAAGGCGACGUCCAAGUCGUCGGCGGCGGCGACCGGCGGCGCCGUGCACCCGCUCGCCCGCUACGUGAUGAACUACCUCGUCCUCCUCGCCGACUACGACGACACCCUUGCUCGCAUCUACCAGCAAGGCCGAGGCAGCACGUCGCCGCACUCUCCAUCGUCGUCGUCGUCGUCGUCGAACCCGAUUGGUCGUCUCGUGUCCGUCCUGCUGCGCAAGCUGGACGCCAUGGCCGGGAGGCACCGGUCGCCGGCGGCGAGGUCCCUGUUCAUGGCGAACAACACGCACUACGUGUCCAAGAAGGUGCGCGGCAGCAGCAAGCUGGUGGGCAUCGUCGGCGGCGAGGGAUGGGCGGUGGCGCAGAGCGCGGAGACAAGGCGCCACGUCGACGCGUUCGUGCACGCGGCGUGGCGGGACGUGCUGGAUGUGGAUUAA